UACUGGAGAGGAAAUGCUCAUGCAGCUUAAGGAAAAAGAACAGCUUACACAGAAGAAAAAGCAGGAAAUGGAGACAAGGAAACGGAACAGAGAGGUGCGCCGGGAAGAGAAGCAGAAGGAAGUAGAGGAAAGGAAAUUGAAAAGGCAGAAGAAAGAAGAAGAGAAACAAAAGAAAACUGAAGAAAAAACUGUGAAACAGGAAUUAAAACGUAGACAGAAGGAAGAGAAAGCUCGGGAGAAAGAUACUAUGGCUGAGAGAAUAGCUGCUAGUUAUGUUUGUGGUGUUUGUGGUGUUCAUGGGAAAAUUGAUGAUGAAGUUAAUGAUAUAUUUUGGUAUGGGUGUGAUGAAGAUAUGUGUGGGAGGUGGUAUCACGAAGGAUGUUUGUCGGAAAAGGAAAGGGAAGAUAUUGUUUCUAGUAUGGAUGAUGGGGUCAAUCCUUUGCAUUCAAGAUUCAAGAUACGGUAGCCGAAUAUAGUGCGUUCAUUUUAUAUGUUUAUGUGUCGGGAUACAGGUACCGGAUAAAUCUACCGGCGCUUAUUAUACGCCGUAUAUUUGUUUACUGAAAUAUUCAUUAAACUUAAUGUCAAUGGUUUUAUUUUUAUUUAUUGAUGAUUAUAACUUAGUCAAAGAACUGACAUUACAAUAUAGAACUUGUGUUUUUUUUUUCUUCACGCAUACAAUCCCUUCAUUGAGUGUAAAUGAGUCAGGGUACAGGUACCGGAUAUGCGUACCGGCAUUUAAUGUAUGCUGUAUACUCUGAUUGAAAUAUUUAUUAAACUCAAGAUAAAUGAACUUAUCAUCGAUUUCUGGCGAUAAAGAGGACUAAUAUAACAUUAGAAUACUAUUAUGCUUCGUUACAAAAUGUGUACGGGAACUGCUUCUCUUCGUCCAAAAUAAUGCAUAAUUUAUGUACCUCAUUCCGGGCCUCACAAAUAAAGGUAUUCUAUAUUUAGAACACAUCGGAAUUUCCAAGAAUGUGUUCAGCAAUUAAAGACAAUUAAUUAAAAAGUUAAAAUGUACAUAUUUCUAGAUUAUUUUCAAUAAAUUCUUAUGUUGAUAUAAUCAAAAAUGGCUAAAUUUAAGUAACUUUUUUAAUAUAUUAUUUCUUAACUAUGUGAUUUUCUAAGCAGGUGUUAGUUAAUUCUUAAUAACAUGCUAUACCUAUAUACAUGUAAAUUAUUUAGUUAUUUAUAGAAUAUUGGAAAAUUGUAUUAUCAUAUAAGGCCAUUUC